GCCUCACUGGUAAACGGCGUCCCCUCCUCUCCUGUCUCACGUCUACCUCCUCCUCCUCCUCCUUCUCCUUCCCUGCGCUGAAUGCGCGCGAGAGCAAACGGACCCCGCCGUGUCUCCGGUUCCCUCCGGUUCCUCUCAAGCCGAGCCCCCCGCGCGCUCACAUCGGACAUGAUACGGAGAUGAGGCUCAGAAAUGGCACCUUCCUGACAGUGUUAGUGUUUGGAGUGUGCGGGCUCAUAUCCCUCUCCUGGUACACCGCGUUCAGCAAUUCCAAAGGUAAUGUGGUUGAUAUCUACCAGAGGGAGUUCUUGGCUCUAAGAGAUCGCCUCCAUUCGGCAGAGCAGGAGAACCUGAAGCGCUCCAAAGAGCUCAACCUGGUGCUGGAUGAGAUCAAGCGAGCCAUUGCCGAGAAACAAGCGCUGCGAGAUAUCAACCGCACAUGGAGCAGCCUGUCCGAUGAAACCAAGCUGAAGCUCUGGAACGUCACCAGCAGUAAGAAUGUGUUACAGCUGCCCAGCAUCUUCCACCACCUGCCCCAUCUGCUGGCCAAGGAGACCAGCCUGCAGCCAGCCGUGCAUGUCGGCCAGGGCCGCACCGGAGUGUCGAUAGUGAUGGGCGUGCCCAGCGUGAAGAGGGAGGUGCACUCCUAUUUGACAGACACUCUGAGUUCUCUGAUGUCAGAGCUGAGUCAGGCUGAAAAAGAUGACUGCGUCAUUGUGGUCUUCAUUGCCGAGACGGAUCAGCAGUAUGCUAACAGCGUUGCUGACAACCUCAAGCGCCUAUUUCCAACAGAAAUUCAAUCAGGCUUGUUGGAGAUCAUCUCUCCAUCUGUCCAUUUCUAUCCAGACUUCUCGCACCUCAAAGAGUCAUUUGGUGACCCAAAAGAACGAGUCAGAUGGCGAACCAAGCAGAACUUGGAUUACUGCUUUUUGAUGAUGUACGCCCAGUCCAAAGGCACUUACUAUGUGCAGCUAGAGGACGACAUUGUGGCUCGGCCAAAUUACUUCACCACGAUGAAGAACUUUGCUCUCCAGCAGCCUUCAGAGGAUUGGAUGAUCCUCGAAUUCUCCCAGCUGGGCUUUAUCGGGAAGAUGUUUAAGUCACUGGAUCUGUCUCUCAUAGUGGAGUUCAUCCUGAUGUUCUACAGGGACAAACCCAUCGACUGGCUGCUCGACCACAUCAUGUGGGUGAAAGUGUGCAACCCAGAGAAGGAUGCGAAACACUGUGACAGGCAGAAGGCAAAUCUGCGCAUCCGCUUCAAACCUUCUCUCUUCCAACAUGUGGGAACACACUCAUCUCUGGCUGGAAAGAUCCAGAAGCUCAAGGAUAAGGACUUUGGGAAGCAGACUGUCCAUAAAGGCCAUGCUAACCCAUUAGCCGAGGUCACCACCAGUCUGAAGACCUACCAGCACUUCACGCUGGAGAAGGCUUACCUGGGCGAGGAUUUCUUCUGGGCAUUCACACCUGUGGCUGGAGACUUCAUACGUAUCCGGUUCUUUACCCCCGUCCGCAUAGAGAGGUAUUUCUUCCGAAGUGGGAACAUCGAGCACCCUGGAGACAAGUUGUUUAACACAACAGUGGAGGUGCUGCCGUUUGAUAAUAUUCAGUCUGAAAAAGAGGCUUUGAAGGAGGAGAAGGAGAGAACCCCAAAGUAUCAGCGCACAGAGGACGGCUUCAUUAGAAUAGGUCGGUUUCAGAACGGUAUCGCAGAGGGGGAGGUGGAGGCCUCCUUUGGGCCGCUGGAGGCCAUGCGGCUUUCUGUGCUCACCGACUCACCUGUGUGGGUCAUUCUCAGCGAGAUUUUCAUUAAGAAAGCAGAGUGACGACGACGCCUCCUGCUCCACGUGGUUUUGCUGGGCUUGUGUAGUGCAGGACGCUCAGCUUCGGCACAUCGGUGUUUCUUUCAGCUCAGUCCAUCAGCUCCGCCUGCUGGCCAGAAGUUGCUUCAGCAGGGUCCAACAGUGAAGCGCACACCCUCGUCGAAGGCACGAGAACACACGCAGCCAAGCUCGUGGCGACGAACAGACGCCGCUGUAUAAACUGCAUAACAAACUGUAUUUAUGUGUACAUACAUGGCUCCUGGUUCAGCGAGUGUAAUCACACUGGUCUAUUUGUCUAUGGGCUCACCGGAUAGAGACUCUCAUGCCCUUUGGAGUACUGAAAAGUUUUUAUAGCCUUGAAGAUGCUGCUUUUUUUUUCUUUUUGGGAAAUGGAGAACUCAAUUUCUUGUUCAGGAUAUGAUUUGCAAAGUUUUAAUUUGUGCUAUCAUUUUGUGGGCAAAUAUUUUUAGGUGCAGGGUUUGCUAUUCCAAAACAAAUGUAGUUCUUCUGAUACUUGCACAUGUUAAGAAUACACACAUAGAUAUGAUUGUCAUGAAUGUGUGUUUGUAUGUGCAAAGGUUAAUAGUGAUUGACCAAAGUCAGCCAGAUGGAUUAUAGCUACAAAUAUUGCAAGCUAUAAAAGAAAAUGAAUAAUAAAAAAUCAUUUGUGACAA